UCGUGAAAGAGGAAAAUAAUAAUAAUAAUAAUAGUAAUAAUAAUAAUCCAUGAUCAAGCAGCAGCCAUACGCGCUGCGCUCCUGCCCUCGUUCCCAUUCCCACUCUCGCCUCCUUAAAAGACACUCCAAGAAUCGCUACUGCACAUACUUGUUCAAAAGUGCUUAUUUGAAGUCCGUCCUUAAGCUUCAAAUCUCUUCCUCUCUCUCUCGCCCUCUGCUGCUACCAAUGGCGGUUGGCGGCUGUGCUUUCUCCUCGGACGAUGUCGUUGUCAAGUCUCCGACUGACCGGCGUCUCUACAGAUUCAUUCAGCUUACUAAUGGCCUAUGCGCUUUGUUAGUUCACGAUCCUGAGAUUUACUCUGACCAGCCUGCUGGGAACCCAAACCCGGAGGAUAUGGAAAGUGAGCUUGAGGAGGAAGAUGAGGAGGAAGAUGGAGAAGAAGAGGAUGACGAGGAGGAGGAGGACGAGGAGGAGGAGGAGGAGGACGAGGAGAAUGAGGAAGUAAACGAAUUGAAAGGCUCGGUUGAGAAGAAGGCGGCUGCAGCGCUUUGUGUAGGCAUGGGGAGUUUUUCAGAUCCUUAUGAAGCGCAGGGCCUGGCACACUUUUUAGAGCACAUGCUUUUCAUGGGGAGUACUGAUUUCCCAGAUGAAAACGAGUAUGAUAGUUACUUGUCUAAGCAUGGAGGGUCGUCAAAUGCAUAUACAGAAACCGAGCACACCUGCUACCAUUUUGAAGUAAAAAGGGAGUUUCUUAAGGGUGCUUUGACAAGGUUUGCUCAGUUUUUCAGUUCUCCCUUGGUAAAAGCUGAAGCCAUGGAACGGGAGGUGUUAGCUGUGGAUUCAGAAUUUAAUCAGGUUUUGCAAAAUGAUUCAUGCCGCCUGCAACAAUUGCAGUGCUAUACAUCAGCGCCAGGUCAUCCUUUCAACCGCUUCUUUUGGGGGAAUAAAAAGAGCUUGUCUGAUGCUAUGGAGAAAGGAAUUAAUCUGAGGGAUCGCAUUCUGAAAUUAUACAAUGACCAUUAUUAUGGUGGAUCAAUGAAGCUAGUUGUGAUAGGUGGAGAGACUCUUGAAGUCCUUGAAAGUUGGGUCCUUGAAUUAUUUAGCAAUGUCAAGAAAGGCCUUUUGGUUAAGCCGGAACCAAGGUUAGACAUUCCUGUUUGGGAAGCUGGCAAACUUUACUGGUUAGAGGCAGUCAAGGAUGUUCAUAUCCUUGAUUUAUCCUGGACAUUGCCUUCUCUGAGAAAAGAUUAUUUGAAGAAAGCUGAAGAUUAUCUCGCUCAUCUUCUUGGGCAUGAGGGCAGAGGAAGUUUGCAUUUUUUCCUGAAAGCGAGAGGCUGGGUGACUUCCAUAUCUGCUGGUGUUGGUGAUGAAGGGAUGCAUCGUUCCUCUAUAGCAUACAUCUUUGGCAUGUCUAUUCACCUUACAGACUCUGGCUUGGAGAAGAUCUUUGAUAUCAUUGGAUUUGUCUAUCAAUAUCUCAAACUAUUGCGUCAAGAUUCUCCUCAAGAAUGGAUAUUCAAAGAACUCCAGGAUAUUGGACAUAUGGAGUUUAGGUUUGCAGAAGAGCAACCUCAGGAUGAUUAUGCUGCAGAACUUGCGGAGAAUCUGCUUGUUUAUCCUCAGGAGCAUGUUAUAUAUGGUGACUACGCAUACGAAGUCUGGGAUGCAGAGAUGAUAAAACAUCUUUUGGGUUUCUUCAGGCCUGAAAACAUGAGAGUUGACGUGUUAACCAAGUCUAUUAAGAAGGCAAAUGAUAUCAAGCAUGAGCCCUGGUUUGGAUCACGGUAUGUUGAGGAAGAUAUUCCAUCUUCGCUGAUGGACCUCUGGAAGGAUCCUCCGGAAAUUGAUUCCUCUUUACAUCUGCCCUCAAAGAAUGAUUUCAUUCCACGUGAUUUUUCCAUAUGCGCGGACAAGGCAUCUUGCCAGUUUGCAGAUGCAUCAUCUCCAAGAUGUGUACUUGAUGAACCUUAUAUGAAGUUGUGGUACAAGCUUGAUAAGACUUUUAAACUUCCUCGUGCUAACACAUAUUUCCGCAUUACACUAAAAGGAGGAUACAGUAAUAUAAGGAAUGCUUUGUUGACUGAAUUAUUUAUAUUGCUCCUGAAAGAUGAGCUCAAUGAGAUUAUUUAUCAGGCCAGUGUUGCAAAAUUAGAGAGUUCUGUUUCUCUAUAUGGGGAUAAGUUAGAGCUGAAGUUAUAUGGUUUCAACGAUAAGCUUUCAGUUCUCUUGUCUAAAGUUUUGGCAAUAGCCAAGUCCUUUUCACCAAAGGAUGAUCGUUUCAGGGUUGUUAAAGAAGAUAUGGAGAGAACUCUGAGGAAUACCAACAUGAAGCCGCUAAAUCAUUCUUCCUAUUUAAGACUGCAAGUUUUGUGUCAAAGUUUCUGGGAUGUGGAGGAAAAGUUAUGCUUGUUGAGUGAUUUGUCUCUUGCAGAUUUAAGGGCUUUCAUACCUGAUCUUCUUUCUCAGUUGUAUAUUGAGGGCCUUUGCCAUGGGAAUUUACUGGAAGAGGAAGCUCUUCAGAUAUCACAAAUAUUCAGAAGUAAUUUCCCUGUGCAGUCACUUCCGCAUGAGUUGAGACAUAAGGAGUCUGUGAUGUGUCUUCCUUCAUGUGCUGACCUUGUCAGAGAUGUCAGAGUAAAAAAUAAACUAGAACCUAACUCAGUGGUAGAGCUUUAUUUUCAGAUUGAACCAGAAGUAGGAACAACAUUGACUAAAUUAAAAGCAUUAACUGACCUUUUUGAUGAAAUAGUCGAAGAACCACUUUUCAAUCAACUCAGGACAAAAGAACAGCUUGGUUAUGUUGUUGACUGUAGCCCACGCGUAACAUACCGGAUAUUAGGAUUUUGUUUCCGUGUUCAAUCUUCUGAAUACAAUCCUGUCUACUUGCAAGAGAGGAUUGAAAACUUCAUAAAUGGCUUAGAAGAGAUGUUGAAUGGACUUGACAAUGAAUCCUUCGAGAAUUAUAGAAAUGGUUUGAUGGGGAAGCUUCUCGAGAAAGAUCCAUCUCUUUCAUAUGAAACGAACCGUUUUUGGGGUCAAAUAGUUGAUAAAAGGUAUAUGUUUGACUUGUCCGAGAAAGAAGCUGAGGAACUCAAAGGUGUUCAAAAGGGAGAUAUUAUUAACUGGUACCGUACUUAUUUAAGGCAACCUUCUCCUAAGUGUCGGAGGCUUGCAGUCCGCGUGUGGGGUUGCAACACGGACUUGAAAGAUGCAGAUGAACAAGUGGCAUCUAGGCAGGUCAUUAAAGACCUUGCAGGUUUCAAGGAGUCGUCUGAUUUUUAUCCGAGCUUUUGUUGAGAGAGAGAUAUUAUUGGACAUGGCAUCGGCUUAAAAAUAGGUAUAAUUUAUUUUCAAAAGCCAGAGUAUUAGCGACUACAAUGUACCACAAUUUUUGAAAAUCCAUUGGUACUAAUAUUUGGGGUAAUGGUUGGAGAUCAAUAAAGAAAAGACGAUUUUCUUGUAGUUAUUCUUGAUAGAUUUCUCUCUCCCAGGGAAUGUAAGGCAGUUGCCUAAAGUAGUUCUUGGAAGUGUGGAUCAUGAAUUAGAUGUCAUCAUUGUUAGAGGAUGAACUUCCUUUCCAUGUUCAAGCUUCUUCAGCUUAAUGAAAUACUGCUAAUAGAAAUGAAAAAUAUUAUCCACAAGUAUUUAGUGUGUCUAAA